AUGCACGUGUGUGCAUCAAAGCAUGUGAAACCACCAGUUUGUCCACUAUCAUCACCUGAAAUCCAUCGCUCACUUCAUACAACACCAAAGAAAUUUUCGAAACUACCAGAACGAAAGAUAUGGAAUAUUGAAGGCGAAUUGACCGAUACUCUUUGGUGGCAUGGUGAUUCUAAUAAAGAAGACAUUGAUAAUAACCAUCAUGAGAAAAUAGUGUUCUUUAUGAUUUGUGGAAAUCCGGGACUCAUCGAUUACUACAUCCCGUUUUUGACCACGAUUUAUGAUGAGUUUCGACGUGGAGAUAUUGUGAUUGUUGGUGUUUCUCACCUUGGUCAUUCGCACACUCUCCUAAACAGCAACAUCGACCCGAAAUUUUACACGCUUCAGGAUCAAAUAGAACAUAAGAUCAAAUGUUUCGACAAAUUACGCGAAAUGUUUUCAACUAGAAAGUUUAUCUUGUGUGGACAUUCUAUUGGAGCAUAUAUUUGUUCAGAGGUUUUGAGAGCACGUUCGAGUCAUGGAAUUGAGAAAGUUUAUGCAUUGUUUCCGACUAUUCAAAAAAUUUCUCAAACACCAAAUGGGAGAAUGCUUCAAUUCCUCUUCUACGAACGAUCCCGAAACCUCGCCGGUCCAUUCGUCCAACUCUUUCGCUCCCUCUUCACUCCUGAAAACUUCAAAUACCUAAUCGGCUUCAUAACCUGGCAAUCAGAACCUGCCCUCUCUGUGACGGCCGACAAACUUCUCUACGGAAAUAUUGUCAAAAAUGCCCUGUAUAUGGCCGAGACCGAGAUGCAAGAAGUCCAAGAACUCGAUGAGCAAUUCUAUCGUGAGCAUUUACCGAAAUAUGUCUUUUAUUUCGGGAAGUCGGAUAUGUGGGUACCAUUGGAUCAUUAUCGCGAUUUGCUGAAGCGGUUUCCAGAAGGAAAUGUUUUUCUUUGUGAAGAUGGAAUGCCGCAUGCUUUUGUUAUAGGACAUAGCGAAAAAAUGGGCAGUAAAGUCGCAAAGUGGAUAAAAACUUUGUCAAUCUAA